UAAAUAGGAAGUACAAUGAAAUCUUUAAUUCUUAAUGUAUAUGUAUACAUUGUUGGCAUACAGGUAGGUCUGGUGGAUGUCUUACAAUAUGCCGCAUACAGCAAAACUACCAUUUUGGAUAAUUCUUGUGAACUGUCCCAAACUAUUAGCACAAUAACCCAGGUACCCAGAAUAUGGGAAUGUGCACAAUAUUGUAAUGCUGAUGGUGACUGUAGAUUAUAUUUGUACUGUUCACAUACGCACACGUGUAAAUUAUUUAUAGAUGGGUCAGUUUGUGUGAAAUCCGGCGAUUCUUCAGAUUGUUCGUGUUUUAAAAAGGAUAUUGGAUGCAUCAACGGUAAUUGUACCUGUCCUCUUGGUUACUAUGGUGAAAAAUGUGAGAAUAUUAUAAAAGAUUGUUCAGACGGAGUUCUUAAUCGAGGAAUGGACUAUACACAAAUUCUUGUCACGACAAUCAAACCACCGCUCUCACUAAAAUCAUUUGACGUGAUGUGUUUCCUAGGCUAUGGUGGAUGGACAACUAUAUUGCAGAGAGACCAGAGCUGUUCAUUUGAAAACUUCAACCGCAGUUGGACAGAAUACGAAGAAGGGUUUGGUGUUCAUUUACGAAACAAAUGGCUGGGCUUAGAAAAACUGAUGAAAGUAAUCGCUAUCCCAUCCUCGCAAAUUAACAUUCACGUUAACCUGUAUAGUUUUGAAAGUAAGUGUAAAAGUCUUUACAAGGAUGUCAAUUUCGGAAAUGGCAUUGAUUAUGAAUUCUCUAGUCGCUUUGACAAUGAAGACCCUCACUGUGGCGAUUCUCUGGCUAACGCAUCAGGUCAGCCGUUUUCAACAUAUGAUAAUGAUCACACUACUCACAAUUGUGCGUCAAGGUUUGGUGGGGGAUGGUGGUUUGCUGAUGACCUGAAUUGUACCAGAAGCUUUCUUACUGGAACCAUGGACGGAUCAGGUACAGAUAACUUCUGGUUGGAUAAUCUUCAAGGACAUAAUUUGGUGAAGUCAAUCAUUCGGAUUCAGAGAAGAGAAUAAUUUUUGAAUUAGUAAUUU